GCAGUGCAGACAGGUCUUUUUGUUCAAGUCUUAAUAUCCCUAAAACAUACUUCAAAAUGCAUCUUAUGUACACUUUGGACAACGAGGGCAAGCGGGUAUACACCCUCAAGAAGGUCCUGAACGGCGAGGUCACCAAGUCUGCCCACCCGGCUCGUUUCUCCCCCGACGACAAGUACUCGAGACACCGUGUCACCCUCAAGAAGAGAUAUGGUCUGCUCUUGACCCAGCAGCCUGAGAAGGAAGCUUCCCAGCUGUAAAUGGCGAGCUUUGCAGGCGUCUCCAGUGAUUUGGGUAUACAAAAGGGGGUUUGAAGAUUCAUAUCUGGCGCAUGGUGUUAUGUCUGGUUUCUAGCUGUUGAAAAGCUUGUUUGGAUUCCUCUAUUUCCGACUUUGGGAUAUAUCGCGUGCAGAGAUAGAGAUACCUGGCAUGGUCAUCAUUUCAAUAUCCUAACGAUUCGUUCCUAUGAAUGUUCUAUGCCCG